AUGACACGACAAGAAAAUCAAUCAUCUGAUGAUGAUGUCAUAGAAAAAUCCGCACCAGAACUCUUUUAUAUUUCAAAACAAGAAAAAAUAUUAGAAGAUAAUGACGAAUAUCGUAGCAUUACUCCACCUAUAAAUGAUGGCGUGAAUAAAUCAGAACCGAUUCUCUAUUAUAUAACGGGAUGUGAGCCUGCUCAUACAGUGACAUUAUCACCAACGAAUGAUGAUCUCAAUACACCAAUUAAUAAAUAUAAACAUUCGAAAACAACAGUUAAUCCUAGACUUUAUUAUAUCAAUCGUUCAGAAAGUUCAUUAUCACUGAACAAUGUAAGACAGAAUUCAAAUACACCCGAUGGAAGAUACGAUGAUCGUGUGCCAUUGAUACAAUCUUCCUCUCAAAUACCAUCGAUCUAUUCGCCAUCACCGCGCAAACAAGCUGUUGCAUUUGAAAUUAACGAUGAUAAUGACAUAGAAAAAGAACAACCAGAACCACCCUGGAGAAUAAAAUCAGAUCGUAUAUCGCCAGAAAAUGUUAUUCUAAGUCCAUUGUCAAGAGCAUCAAAUAGUUUGCAACGAAACUUGUAG